AUGAUGACGAGUGAUCGGCAAGGAUCCAGGCCAAGAUGGUCUUCACGAAUGAGCCUUGGCCUGUUGGUGGCAGCGGCUCUCUUCCUGAGCAGCUGUCUGGUCCACGCGGCCAACGACGACAAUAAAAUGAAUUUUGGCAUGGGCGUUGGAGUCGAGCACUAUUUGGAUCUGAUUCCCAUUGCCUCGGAAGAUGGCGAAAGCAGCUGGAAGGAAGCCAAUCGAUUGUUUGCCCUGGGCGAAUCCUCCUACGAUGCUGCCGCCUUGCAUUAUUGGCGUGCCGUGUUACUACACAAUCAUUCUCCCAAGUACACGGUCCAAGAGGGCUUUGAAAAAUUCAUGCAGUGCAUGUUGCUGCAGCACAAACCUGCCGAUGGCUUGGCGUACGUGGCGCUAGAGUCAUUUCGACGAGGGCAGAAUCAAAUGGGACAGAAUUAUUUGGAUCAAGCCUUGCAAAUGGAUCCCAACAAUCAAUGGGCGCGGGACGUGGAGGAUGAAUUUGGAACUGGCUCGCCCUCGUCGUCGCCCAAAAACAAAAAGAAGAAGAAAAAGGUUGUGGCGGGUCGAGGUGGAGCCGGUGGAUCCGCGGCACAAAGUGCAGCAUCACAUAGACGAAGAACAUUUGACAGUGACGACGAAGAUGAUGAAGACGACGACGAGGAAGAAACAGAAAUUUACCCCGACCUUACUCCCGCUCAGCUGUACGAAAAAGCCAGUAGUGCAUUUGCCGAGAAGGAUUACGAACUCUGCGCGGAUCUUUUUGAGAUUUCCUGUGCUAGAUCCAAUUAUCGCCUUGGUCCAAGUUGUGGCAAUGCCGUCUACUGUCGAACUUCGAUUUUGGAUUGGGGUUUCAAUGGAACUGAUUUUGAAAGGGACAUGAAACGCAUUGAAAGCAUAACCGACAGUGAAAGUAACCAGUAUCGAUUCGAAAGUGAAAAUGGAACCCAGUGGCACUGGCAACGAGCGAGUUCAGUGCAUCCGCACAUGACUCUUGGUUUCCCAAUCAAACCGCUGCUGAAACGAUUUGUCACGGAAUCUGUGGCAUUCAUGGAUGAAAUGAUGGCAAGGGCUACGGACAAGGGAGUUACACCGCUCCCGGAUGACUUGCCUUACGAUCCAGAGGAUGAUCGCGCUCGUCUCGUGGAAGAAUACAGCCAACCAGGGUCCAAAAUUCGUGUCGGCUUUGUGGGAAGUGGAUUCAAUUCCAAAGCUGUCUUGUACUUGUCGCAAGAUAUGUUCCGCUUCUUUGACAAGAAACGCUUUGAGAUCCACAUUUUCAGUGUGGGACCAGCAGACAAUCCACUCUUUAUUGAACACGGAAUGCGUGGGGUUGAUUGGAGGCAACGGGUUAUCAACAAUGUAGGCAAGGAUAGAUUUCAUGACAUUCAACACAUGAAACUGGACCACAUCAAAAUGGCAAGGUUCAUCAAAAAACAGGAUAUUCAUAUCUUGAUCGAGUGGGACGGAUAUGCUCGACAGGGAGAACGAGCUCAAGGAUUGUUUGCCCUGCGCCCGGCGCCCAUUCAGAUUCUGCAUCAGGAAUACCUUGGAACCAGCGGAGCGCAAUACGUCGACUACUUGUUUACUGACAAAGUGUCCAGCCCUCCUCAUUUGCAGCACUUGUAUGCCGAGAAACUAAUCUACAUGCCCAACCACUUCUUCAGCAAAGGCCACGCUGUACAGCCCGAAGUCAUGGCGCCGUCGUAUGAAUACGAGCCAGCCAAGUUUCCCUACAAAAUUGGGUAUGGCAGUCCGCAGGAGAAUCGUUGCAUGGCUCGCAAAGGAAAGACUCCUUCCAUUGUCUUUUGCAACUUUAACAAGUUUCUGAAGAACAACCCCGAAACCGUGAGAAGUUGGAUUCGUAUUCUUCGAGAAGUGCCCGACAGUAUGCUAUGCCUCUUGGAAAACCCGAGCUCGGGUGUGGCGUAUCUUCGGAAGUUCAUUCAUGAAGCAGCCGGAACGUCCAAUGGGAAUGCCGAUGAAGACUCCUUUUCAGCGGGUGACGGUGACGACUUGAACAGCCGCAUUCACUUUUUGCCGUGGGAACGAAACCCGUUUGACCAUCAAAGACGAAAUCACGACUUUUGCAAUGUCAUGCUUGAUUCUUACCCCUACAAUGGACACACUGUGGCGCAAGACUCGUUAUACGGUGGAGUUCCCAUUGUGACGAGAAGUGAUGGUGACGACAUGUGUUCUCGUGUUUCCACGAGUGCCAAUAUCGUGCUUGGACUGGACGAGUAUAUGAAUGCCUACGAAGGACCAACGGACUACGAAAACAAAGCCAUUGCUUUGGGCAACAAUCCAGAGCUCUUCCAGAGCAUUCGGAAAAAGCUGAUUGACACCUGCCUUCAACGAAACCCAAUGCACCCGUAUUGGGAUGUAGCUAGAUACCUCAAGAACAUUGAAGUGGGCCUCACAAUGGCGUGGGAACGAUUCCUGAGAGGCGAUCCUCCAGAACACUUGGAGAUUGAAGAAACAGAAGCUGCAAAGAGGGGAACCUAUGACGACGAGCUGAACGCUCACCCACCAGACGGACCCCUGGCCGUACCUGAUGUCGUCGAGUCAUCUGCUCCGGAAGACCACCAAGAGGCACCCGAGCCGGAUGCAGAGACAGUCGUGGGAACAGACGAGUUGUAA